AGCACGCUGAUUGGGCAGCGGUGUGUUGAGUGGCGGGCAGGCUCUCCUGGGUCCCGUUCUCCGGCAGACAUGGAGUCGGUGGGCGCUCAGAGGCUGCAGCCGGGGGUGUCCGGGGGAAGUCUGCGCUCUCUCCGGCCCGGGGUGACGGGCGGGUCUCAGGCCACGGCUCCUCCCCCUCCGCUCAGCCUCGGGGUGUCCGGGAGUCCGGCGGUGCUGCGGGAAGCGGUGGAGGCGGUGGUGAGGAGCUUCGCCAAACACACCCAGGGAUACGGGAGAGUAAACGUGGUGGAAGCUCUGCAGGAGUUCUGGCAGAUGAAGCAGACCCGGGGGGCAGACCUGAAGAACGGAGCCCUGGUGGUUUACGAGAUGGUCCCUUCCUCCAGCCCGCCGUACAUCUGCUACGUCACCCUACCUGGAGGAAGCUGUUUCGGGAGUUUCCAGUUCUGCCCGACUAAAGCUGAAGCCAGGAGGAGCGCGGCGAAGAUUGCGUUGAUGAAUUCCGUGUUUAACGAGCAUCCCUCCCGCCGGAUCACCGACGAGUUCAUCGAGAAGAGCGUCUGCGAAGCCCUGGCCACGUUCAAUGGGAACCGCGAGGAGGCCGACAACCCCAACACCGGGAUCGGCGCGUUCCGAUUCAUGCUGGAGGCCAACAAAGGAAAAUCCAUGCUGGAGUUCCAGGAGCUCAUGACAGUCUUCCAGCUCCUCCACUGGAAUGGAAGUCUGAAGGCCAUGCGGGAACGGCAGUGCUCCCGUCAGGAGGUCCUGGCCCACUACUCCCACCGGGCCCUGGACGACGACAUGAGAAACCAGAUGGCGAUGGACUGGGUGAACCGGGAGCAGGACUCUCCAUCAACCCUGACCCGAGAGCUGGCGGCCACCGAGAGGCAGCUGGACGAGGCCCGGCUAGCCGGGAAGGAGCUCCGUUACCACAAGGAGAAGAGGGACAUCCUGAUGCUGGCCGCAGGACAGCUGGGGAAUAUACACUCCUCCAACUGCUAGGUGGCGCCCUCCCCCUCUACACUAAUCCAUACAAUGGGCAGGCUGUGUCUGUGAGGUGCUAGCUGGUCCUACAGCUUAUCCUGUAUGUGGUUCUGUACUCCUUCCUGGUGUCACCUAAUGGACAAAUGAGGAAUUGCACGUGCUUGUGUCCCCCCCCCAAAACUAAUAUUUCAGUUAUAGUCGGGGGUCUGCUGGGUGCAUCCACUGACCUCCCCUCUUAUCUCUCGGGUCCUUCAGAAUUAGUCACGCAGUUGCUGGCUCUUUCGGCUUCCAUUUUUAAAUUUCAGCAGGGAGAGUGAGACCCUCGUAAUGUGGAGACCCGGGGACCCCAAGGAUCUCUUCGCCUGGGUCCUCCAGAGAUGAAUAAACUUAAAUGUUAGUUUUGGGUGGAGCCACCAUUUAAAGGGCUGUAUGAGGUUUCGGAAUCUGUUCUUUGGCCUCUCUGUAGUUUUUUUUUUUUUGCUUUGCAAACGGGAUGUGGAAAUUUCUUAACUUUUGGGGUCUGCAAUUUUCUCAAAGAGUACGAGCGGCAUUGCGGAGAUUUCAGGCCAACGGAAGUUCUCACCGGAAGGAGAAAAGAAUUCUGGGUAAAUAAUCUGAAGGGGGGGUCCAACCGAGCGUCCAACCAUGGAAAUAAUUGACAGGAACAUUUCCCUCCAAGACGUAAAUUGCGCAGACUUCUACCAGGGUACAGUCUCUCCAUGUGUCUCUGUACUAGAAGAGGUUUAUUAUAGAGUGUGUGUGGGGGCCAGGGAAGGUUUGAGAGGAGGGAGCAGAUGACGAUUCCAACCUGUAUAGGAGCUGCGGUGGUUGGCGCCGCUGGGGGUUCCAACUGAGCCGCCAACCCAUGAAAAUAUUCCAUGGCAUUUUCUUGUAGAAAGGGGAGCAGCUGAUGACUCCAUCUUGUAUAGAAGUUGUGGUGGUUGGCGCUGCUUGGGGUCCAACUGAGCUGCCAACCACAUUUAAGCUCUUCUAGGACGGGGGAUCAGUAUUCUCAGCCCCCCUGGAGGAUUUAUCUAGGGAUAAGCACCAGGGUCUCAAAAAUAAAGGUAGACAUGGUCCACCUUCAGCCGUGGGUGAUGGGUUGGUGUGGGAAAUCCUAUCCCCAAACCAGCCCUCAGAACCAGUCGUGGAAUCUGGUCCAUUUCAGAAGGCAGGGCUGAGGAAGGAAGGCCUCCUGGGUUGAUUGGCCAAGGUUUAGAGUCCAGCCCACAUCCGCUUUCUCAGGGCUGAGGAAAGAACCCCUCCCAGGUUGAUUGGUCAAUGUUUCGAAUCAAGGCUAAGGAAAGAACACCCCCAUGGUUGAUUGGCCAAGGUUUAGAGUCUGUCCAACAUCCACAGGGCUGAGGAAAGGGCGCCCCUAGUAUUUGGCCAAAGUUUAGACUAGAGUCUACCCCACAUCUGUAUCCUCA